AUGCAAGGCUCUUAACUAUCAGAAGCAAUCACAUAAUUAGAUUGUAUUAAAAAGAAAAUUCACAAAAUUAAGACUCAUAAUGAAAAAUUUCAAAAUAACGUGAAAUUGUGUCCAUUCCCUCCAGGAUUCCGUAAUACAUCUCAAAAUCUGACUCCCAUCAUGCUUCAAAUACCUAUAGCAUCAUUAAAAAACAAAGACACCAUUUUGGAGGAACUUAUUUUAUGGGAUUUUGAAGAUGAUUAUUCAGAUGAAUAAUUAUUCAGAAAUCUCUUUUCUCUGGUAACUGAUCUAUUAGAAGAAAAAUACCCUAACAGAGUGAGAAAACUUACAGCUUCGGAAACUCAAAAAAUUAUUGAGGACUGCUUAUCUUAGAUUAAAUAGGCCAUUGAACAUCAUAAGUAAUUCAAACAUAUAUCAGAUAUAUUGGCCUUUGAAUCAUAUAUUGAUAAAAACGAUUCAAUGAUCAAUUUAUAGAUAUCAACAUCUAAAGUCGCUGAAACCAUACAAUGGGAUUUAGACAAUGCUUUUUAAUAUAUUGAUGAAUUUGCAUAUACCUAUUGCUAUGAAAAUAAAUUAGGUUAAGAAAAUAUUGUUUAAAUUGGAAAUUAAAUUAGAGAAUAAAUAUAAAAAGCAUUUGAAAAAAGGUAUAACCUAAUAUCGAAAUUAAUUUUGGAGGAAAGAUAAGACUUUAAGUAGAAAUUGCUUUCUCUCUUAGAUUACCCCUCCUUUGAACCUUACUAGUCUAUUAAAGAAAUACCUUCCAAUAAUGAGUUGAAUGCUUUCUUUAAGAAAAACCUUGAUUUGUUACCCUCUGAAUUUCAAAUUCUAUAUGGGCAAAGGCCUAUUUAAAAACAAAUGAACGAUUUGUAUGUUGAUUAAGAAGAUACUAAAAAGUUUGAAAAAGAGCUUAAUUAGAAAUCAAAAUACUUUGAUAAUGUUAUAGUUUAGGAUUUGCUCAAUAGAACUAAAUAAACUUGA